ACAGUAAUAUAUUUUGGUUUACUCUGUUCAUGUUGGUUUUUUUUUUCCUUGGCGGGGGAAGGGAGGGGCAGUGUUUUUGCUGUGAUGAAAGGAAUACGGAGUAUCGUUUCAUGAGACUUCUGUUUUAUAUACCUGUCUUUUGGGUCUUGAUAUAAAGAGUUGUUUUUGUUUUUUACACCGUGGGUUCCGGUGGACAAAGUUGGAAAGUACCUGCUUUAAAUAAAUGCCUCCCGAGUUUGUUACGGCCUUUGGGUUAGGGAAGAGCUGGUCGCGUGUGGGAGCUGGUGAAGGGACUCCGUCCUCGCUUGGCAUGUCGCUUGGCCAGACUAAUGCCGGUGUGUGGAAUUCAAGGGAGGCAGAAGACGGGGAGGAGGGAGGCAUUAUCAUCAGGAGGACUUCAUCCCCCAGCAACCCUUUCUCCCUCUGGCCGGAAGUGGGGCGGUCCAACGGGGGAGAAAGAAGCCGCAGAAAGAGGCAGUAUGGUGGCCGAGAGUUCUAAUCCCUUCUUUUCCUUCUUUCUUAGUCCCGCCCAGCCUACAUUUCCCAUGAUCCUGCGCGCGCUCUUCCGCCCUACCCUCUGCUCCCAAUCUCCCCGCCACUCCCCGGGGGAGGGGAGCGGACUAACGCGCCUGCGCCCAUCCUUGGCUUGCUGGGAACUGAAGUUCCAGAGGCCUAUGGGGUCCCCUUUCCGCUGCCCCCGGACGGACUACACGCCCCUUGAUGCAUUGCGCGUCGGCGCCCGCGGAGGGAGGAGGGAGAGAGGAGGAGGGAGGGAGGAGGGAGGAGAGAGGAGGAGGAGGGAGCAGGCGGCCGGCGGCGCGGGGGGAGGGGGCCCGGUCCGGGAGUGCGGGAGGCAGGGGUAGAGGGAGGUGGCGGCAGCGGCUAGCGGACUCGAGUCAUUACCAGGCCGAGGCAGACACCUCUGUGGAGCGAGGCAGUAGGAGCACCGAGCACCGGAGGCGGCACCGGGAUCCCCGGCUCAGGGGAGGGGGGCGCCGGACCGGGAGGAGGGGAGGGGGCGAUGCUGGAAGCCAUGGCGGAGCCCAGUCCCGAAGAUCCACCUCCGACCCUUAAGCCAGAAACUCAGCCACCAGAGAAACGUCGGAGAACCAUUGAGGACUUCAACAAAUUCUGCAGUUUCGUGUUGGCCUAUGCCGGUUACAUUCCCUCUAGCAAAGAGGAAAGCGAUUGGCCAGCCUCAGGCUCCAGCUCUCCUUUGCGAGGCGAGAGCGCGGCAGACAGUGAUGGCUGGGACUCGGCCCCCUCAGAUCUCCGAACCAUCCAGACCUUUGUUAAGAAAGCAAAGUCAUCCAAGAGAAGGGCGGCUCAAGCAGGCCCCACUCAACCAGGACCCCCAAGGUCCACUUUCUCUCGUCUGCAGGCCCCUGACAGCGCGACCCUGCUUGAGAAAAUGAAGCUCAAGGACUCGCUCUUUGAUCUAGAUGGGCCCAAAAUGGCGUCUCCGCUGUCCCCCACAUCCCUGACACAUGCCUCCCGGCCCCCUGCUGCUCUCACCCCGGUGCCCCUUUCCCAGGGGGACCUCUCCCAACCUCCUCGAAAGAAGGACCGAAAGAACCGAAAGUUGGGGCCGGGAGGGGGGGCUGGCUUUGGGGUGCUCCGGAGGCCUCGGCCGGCUCCCGGGGACGGGGAAAAGAGGUCUCGAAUUAAGAAGAGCAAGAAACGGAAGUUGAAAAAGGCAGAGCGGGGGGAUAGACUCCCACCUCCUGGGCCUCCCCGGGCACCCCCCAGUGACACAGACUCUGAAGAGGAGGAGGAAGAAGAGGAGGAGGAGGAGGAGGAGGAGAUGGCAGCAAUGGGGGGGGGUGAAGCCCCCGCCCCCGUGCUGCCGGCACCCCCAGAGGCUCCUAGGCCUCCUGCCACGGUGCACCCCGAAGGAGCCCCUCCCACUGACAGCGAAAGCAAGGACGUAGGGAGCACGGAAACCAGCCAAGACGGAGACGCCAGCUCCAGCGAAGGCGAGAUGCGCGUCAUGGACGAGGACAUCAUGGUGGAAUCAGGUGAUGACUCAUGGGACCUGAUCACGUGUUACUGCCGAAAGCCCUUUGCAGGGCGGCCCAUGAUCGAGUGCAGCCUGUGUGGGACAUGGAUCCACCUGUCUUGUGCGAAGAUUAAGAAGACCAAUGUCCCCGACUUCUUUUACUGCCAGAAAUGCAAGGAACUGCGGCCAGAGGCCCGGCGGUUAGGGGGGCCUCCCAAAUCGGGAGAGCCGUGACCUCGCCAUCUCUAGGCUGGGACUUCCAGAUGACAACAGGACUUGGGAACUGAGCCUCGGGGUCCUCAGUAUGUCCCCUGGAGCUUGGAUAUUGUCCCACUUCACAGGCAGGAAUACCCGAGGGAGGCUGGUUUGGAAAUGAAGUGUCUUGGUUCCAGCCUCACCUUUCCUUCCCACCUUGUGGACUUGAACGUGGACCCAUUACGGUUGGGGGUGGGAGGCCGUCUGGGUCCCUCGACACUUCAUUUCUGCCCCUUAGACCUGCCACCCCUCACCUUGCGGGCCAGCGUUGGAAUUGGGCUGGAAUGGGACAGUUGUCUGUAAAACUCGAGUGUAAAUACAGCGCCCCCCUCCCCUUCCUCGUCUUUUCUCUCACUCCCCCUUUAUUCUACACCGGUUGUAGUUUUAAUUUCGGCCUUCCCCUUUCGGGCAGGGCAGCUCGGAGGUGGAGGGCCAAGCAGAGCCUGGCCGAGGGGAGGAAGGAAAACAGAAAGGUGGCGGGACUCACUCACCUCUUUUGUUUUUAAUACCGUCGGCCAGCUGUUUGUACAGACAGCCUGCGUGUUGUAAAUAAAGCGGAGUGGGCUCUUUUGUGUUUAUA